AUGCCGCGAAUGCUUGAUUUGCCGGUUUAUUACACUGACGUUCAAUGGCGCGCAUUGAAAUCCAAAGCCAGAAACAACCAUUCAUCUAUUACAACUAGAAAUGCGGAGAUCAUCAUGGAGACUGUUAGAGUCUACGAUGCUAUUUUGAAAGAUAAGGAUCCGACACCUCUUCCUGAAUUUGCGGAUUCUAUCACAUAUGACAAGAGACAAGUCAACAAGUUUGUACUCUAUAAUAGAGAUGCAAAGCACGAUCAUAUCACCGUCAUGAGCCCUUGCUACCUUCCCAAGCGUCGCCCUGACGCUCGCGUUGGCAAAGUUCCGAAGCAAGUUGACACCAUUGUCAAACCAACAAGAGACCCUAGAGGAUGCACAUUUGGAUUCAUUAGAGGACCCGAAGUUGCUGUGGUCGAAGAAGAAAAAGAAGCAGAGGAAUUGACUGUGGGGGAAAAUAAGACUGUCGGUGAGAAGAAGGUUUCGACCAAGAAGAGCGGCCCGGCUGGGAAGAAAACUCUUGCCGAGAAGAAGAGAAGUUCGCGUCUGAAGUCGAAGUUGAACGCCAGCGACGAUUUUGUUAGAAGAAGCUCAAGAAGAAUCGGUGGUGUUGCCGCCGUGAGUGCCGACGUUGAUAUGGUUGCCGGGACCCCUGAAGCCGAAAUUGUGAGUCGGGAAAUGAGCAAGUUUGCGGAUAAUAACUCUCAGGGUUCAAAAGAGGGUUCUUCUGAAGCCGAUGAGUUGGCCAGUAACUUAAAUUUCAUGAACGGUCCUCCCAUUCCGUACAAGUCGCCAUACAGUCGUCCUAAACUCGUCUACCAGUCUCCAUAUGCACCCAUUCCAGGCGCCUACGAAAACGCCGCAAGCCGCGAAACCACCGUAUCAGCUCCACGCACAAUUACUCCCGACGCUGACAACUUUCCAAAUCGGGACAAUACUAUCUCAUUUCCACGUGCAGUUAUUCCAGACAUCGAUGACGAAUUUCCAAGUCGCCAAACCAGCGUAUCAGCUCCACGCACAGUCAUCUCAGACGCCGAAGACUACUUGGCAAGUGGCGAUACCACCAUCUCGUAUCUAUCCCAAUAG